AUAUGUAACCAGGAAUAACCUGCCGUCCAACGUUCUAACCAAGCCGCACAGGAUGCUGCUGUGCCGCCUCCGUCUCCUCAAACGCUCCCUCUCCCUCCAAAUCCCUCGCCCUGCUAUGCCUCUCGCCAUGACUACCAGUUUUACCUCUGUCAAAAAUCUUUCGUCUCUCUUCCCUCCACCCCCACCAAGAAGCUUUUCCAAAGGAAGCAGGCUCUCUCCCCUCCACCGCCACCCGAAGAGGCGGAGGGAGGAGCGCUUCUUCUGCGCUCGGACCAUGGAAACGGACGACCCCACCAGUUCCGAUGCCUCCCUCUUCUCCCCCUACCUAUCCGCCCGCAUCCGCUGCAACAAACGCGACGCUGAUACACUUUCUGAAGCUCUUCUGUGCUUUGGUGCUAGUUCUGCUAGUAUCGAUGAAUUAAGCAAUUGUGAAGAUUUUGAUGAAAUCUGGAUUACAUCCAUAUUUCCAGUUGGCCAGGAUGUGGAUGCAUGUGUCUCGGGUGCUGCAGGUUCCAUUGGUUUAAACUAUGAACCAAAUUAUGAGAUCUCAGCAGGUGAGCAACGAGACUGGGUUACGAAUGUCCAGGAAGUUUUUCAUCCUACUGAAAUUACUGAUGGUCUUUGGAUUGUCCCAAGAUGGAGAAAUCCCCUGGAUUUACAAGCAACAAAUAUAAUCCUCGAUCCAGGUCUGGCUUUUGGGACAGGCGAGCACCCAACAACUAAGUUGUGUUUAUUAUUGCUGCGUAGGCUGAUAAAAGGAGGAGAACACUUCUUGGACUAUGGAACGGGUUCUGGAGUACUAGGAAUUGCAGCAGUGAAGAUGGGAGCUACCUUAUCUGUUGGCAUAGAUAUAGACCCCCAGGCAGUGGCUUCUGCUCGUCAAAAUAUUGCCUUGAAUAAUAUAGAUUCCAAAAGAAUGUUGGUCUACUUGGUUCGUAGCAAGGCCAGCUCGCUAUACUCCAAUUCUCGAACCCAGGAGAAUCCAGAAGAGAAAGCCUUGUAUGACCAUGAAUUGGGAGCUGCAAAGGAAAAAUUUGACAUUGUCAUAGCAAACAUACUUCUGAAUCCUUUAAUGGAACUGGCAGAAGAUAUUGUUGCUUACGGGAAACCUGAUGCAAUAAUUGGUCUCUCAGGAGUUCUAUCUGAGCAGGUUUCCCCGUUAAAUCACCUCGCGGCAAAAACUUUGUUAUCUAUAUUCUCAUACAUCCUCUAUUUGCUUGUGCCGGUACAGCAAAUCAAAGAGAUCUACUCCUUGUACCUAGAUAAUAUAUCAGUAUCCGAGAUGGAAGGCUGGACCUGUCUCUAUGGCACCAAAAGAAAAAUGUGAUGCUUUGACCAUGCUCAAAAGUCAAAACAAAUUGGCAUUUUAACCAAGCAGCCAAAUGUGGAACGUUAUCCACAGAAUAUUGCAUUUCCUGUUUCUACAGAUUUUACAAGAUGAAAGUUGAAAGAUUCUUGAGUUCUGUAUUGCUGUGUAUUUAAUUAUAGUUACCAGGAUUUCACUGUUGUACAACAUAAAUUAUACGGCAUCAUGGUGGUUAUUUUGAUCAAAGUGGUCCAUGAGAAGCAAAAGGUGAACACUGUAGACUCCACAAUUCUUCCAUUUUCAAGCAUUGGUUCUCAUCAAAUAUUUGGAGAACAGUAUUCCACUGUGAUGGCUGGCAAUAUGUUUCUUGCUUGGCUA